GCCAGCCGUUGUUGCUGAGCGGCUUGAUCCGUGGCGUCUCCGCUGAUUGGCGCGCUCGCGGCCCUCUGGCGUGGCGUCCGUAAUUUUGGCUUCUCUCGAUUCCGAGUUUCCCUUCCCGCCCUGUGGCGCAGCUCUGAUCGCGUCUCUCUGGAGGUCGCAGGUGGAGUGCUUCGACAUCGUUCCGCUCACCGAGUGUCGCAGCUCGUGAACCUGCCGCCAUCACCCCAUGACGUCUGCGGAGCUCGUCCUGCAGAAGGCCGCCGACGACGGCUCGCUCGACCCGGCAGAAUGGCCUAAGACGCUCCAGUACAUCUUAGAUCGCCUUGAUGAGAUAAUCAACGAUUUCCCCAGGCCUCCUCUGACUUCGGACUCCUCGUCAACCUCAAACACUCCCCCCCGCCAGCAAGCGACGCUUUCAAGUCAGGGCUCACAAACCGGCGAUAAGGAAAAUGCGGCGCCCAAUACCUCUCCACGACCGCCCGUCCCAGCCUUCGAGUCCGCCUCAGACGGUAGCUUCCCGCAAGAGACCAUAAACUUCUACAUGUCAAUACGGACGGCACUCUCUAAGAACUUCGGGAAGAAUGCCCCACACACCAUCCAGAGGUUAGCGGAGCUCAUCCUAGAGCCGAAGAAGAGAUAUCGAUUCCUCCCACCAUACCUUCGAGCGCUCGACCGCGUCGUCUCCGUGUCCUCGCCGAACACCCUCUUCCCCCUUCCUCAAGCAGUCCUUCCUACCGCCACCGGCCUCCUCAAUGGCACCACUUCAGCCUCCUCACCGCAGUCAGCCCUCGGCUCCGACGAAUCGCUCGGCGGCGCCUUGCUCACACCCAUACCGUGGUUGCAAAACCGGGGCCAGAACGAACUCAUAUCUGAGAGCACAGAGAUGGUUGAAGGCCCAAAUGGCGCUGGGAGGAUCGAGACAGUAAGCGUGGGUAUGCUCAAUGGAAACGGUGCGCCGCCGCCUCCGCCGACCUCGGCCGUGAGCAACAUAGCCCAAAUAGCAUCGUCGCAUCCAGACGGCGAGACGCUUCCUUCAACCGGCCCAGUCACACAAGGCGAGAUUUUGCGCCAGGAGCAAGAAGCCGGCAUUGUCCUGAACAACCCGCACUCUCUCACCUCGAACCCUAACCGGUCCACUGUUGGUGAAGUGGAAGGCGGAGGCACAGUCAUCGAAACCGUCGAAGGCGAAGAAGAAGUGCCCCACGCCCGCGGCCCCGAAAUGAUCGGCAUGGAAGACACCGGUCCUCAGAAGGCAAGCGCAACUCUCGACAUCGAGGGCGCGGUCGGCCGACCCAGCAUUGAGCGCACGAGUAAGAGCCCACAACCGCCGACCGCCCAAGCACCUGCUAAAGAGGAUGAGGAGAUGAAGGAUGGUGAGGGCGAUGCCGACGAGAAGGCCGAUAGAAAGAAGAAAGCAGAUGAGGAAGGGGCAAAGCAGGAGCAAGAUGAGGACAACAUGCAGACCGAUGACUAGUGGUCGCGCAAUCUGCGCGUGCUCAGGAACGUUGUGACCAAUAGGAGGUUUACCUGGCGGAGGACGCCGAGAAGUCCGCCACGGCUGGACUGACUUGAUACUCCAGAGCCCGAUCCGUGUCGCUCUCCUAGUCUUGAGCGUUGUUGGGUAUGAGGUAUUUUGGGACUGGCGUGCACCCGGACAUGGCUGGCGCGGGAUAUGGGCAGG